UUUCAAAAUGGCCACCAGUGUUGAAAAAAAUUGAUGGCGUCUAUGUUGGCGAGUCCGCUCCGAGUGAAAUUGUUACCAUGACUGAACGUGAAAAUACCAUUUAAAAUACAGAACAAAGACCGCAUUCUCACGGGUAAAUGUUGACGGUGGUUUAUUGUGACGGCAGUGCGCUGAAUGUAUAGCAAGAGCGUGUUUUCCCGGAUGCGUACAAUUAACGUUUCGUUUAACGAUAGCGCGACAGCUAAAGGCAAAUCAGUGAAGAACAGAAAACAACAGUGAAAUAAAAUAGUGUUGUGUGAAGAGAACUUAUGACGAACAUAUAAAGAAGAUCGAUGCGAUAUACGGAUACUAAGCCAACACUACUGUGUAUUGAUAGCCGUGUGCAUGUGCGCUAGCAUCAACAAUUACGUUUGGUUGUGUUGUGUUGUAACAGUACGGGACAGGCUGGCGUACCGUGGCCGGUACGAGUGCACACUCAUAGGAACUGACAUUCUUCCUCAGUAGUUCCGAUUAUAGAAUAUGAUAGGUUUAAGCCGCCGUGGAGUUAAUGCAGGACCGUCAUUGAGUUUACCGUCUACACUGGAGGAUUCUACGAAUAACUGGAAAGGAACACCUUCGGGUCCAACUGAUCCCUCGCAGCAAGGUGCAGGUCCAGGAGCUGGAGGCCCAGGCGGUCCUGGAGUCGCUGGUAAUGGUGGCCCUGGAGGUCCGGGGGGACCUGGGGGUCAAGGACCGGGUGUAAACAGCUUUGGCGGUCCUGGUGGGGGAAACUUUGGAGGCCCAGUAUUUCCGGCAGCUGGCCAAGGAUCUCCAGCCGGAGGAUCUGCUUCCAAUAGCUAUCAAAAUUUACCACCCGGAACUGGUUCGAACACACCGCAAUAUACAGCAUCGCCUGCACCUUCUGGUUCGUCCACGCCCGGUCCAGGCCCUCCACAGAAUGUGGGCUCCGGGUUUCCUCCCCCAAACGCAGGUGGCCCUGCAGGGCCGGGAGGUCCAUACAAUGGUCCCGUCGGAGGUGGUCCCGUAGCGGUAGGCCCUUUUAGUUCUCCUUCUGCUAAUGGUCCCCAGUUUGGUCGACCGGGCAGCUCGGGCUCCGCCUUCGGGAGCGGGCCUCACUUUACAUCACCUAGUGGGCCAGGUAACUUCGGUGGCCCCCAGUUCGGCAUACCUCCAGGUUCUCCUUUCGGUCAUGGGCCAAACGGAUCGAAUAUGGGUGGUCCGAUGGGACAAGGUCACUUGAUGGGAGGUCCGCAACCUGUGGAUCGCAUGGAUCAAAGUCAAUUGAACGUUCCCAGGAGGCAUGCAUAUUUCGGCCAACCAGAUUAUAGAAUCUAUGAACUCAACAAACGAUUACAGCAGCGAACUGAAGAAAGUGAUAACUGUUGGUGGGACUCGUUUGCGAAUGAGUUUUUCGAAGAUGACGCUACAUUAACUUUAACCUUUUGUUUGGAGGAUGGACCAAAAAGAUAUACUAUAGGACGCACACUGAUUCCGCGAUAUUUUCGGAGUAUUUUCGAAGGCGGCGUGACAGAGCUGUACUUUAACUUGCGGCAUUCGAAGGAAUCGUUUCACAACACAUCAAUUACGCUCGAUUGUGAUCAAUGCACUAUGGAAACGAUCCACGGGAAGCCGAUGUACACCAAGGUUCUUACUGAAGGAAGACUUAUCCUGGAAUUCACGUUCGAUGAUCUAAUGCGGAUAAAAUCAUGGCACAUGGCGGUCCGAACUCAUCGAGAGCUGAUACCACGAUCAGUGAUUGCACUCCACAGUCCUCAGCCAGAUCCGGCCAUGAUUGAACAACUGUCGAAGAACAUCACUAGACAAGGAAUCACCAACUCAACAUUAAAUUAUCUGCGCUUAUGUGUGAUACUGGAGCCGAUGCAGGAGCUGAUGUCCAGACACAAAGCGUACGCGCUGAGCCCACGGGAUUGCUUGAAAACGACAUUGUUCCAAAAGUGGCAACGGAUGGUCGCACCGCCGGGUAAGAAAGGAGACGCGCAAAGGCCAGCAAACAAAAGACGGAAACGUAAGGGCUCCAGUUCAGGUGCUGGAGCAGGUAACGCCGGUCCACAGGUUCCCAGCAAAAAACGUUCACCUGGUCCAAAUUUCUCGCUGGCGUCUCAGGUAGAUGUCAUGGUGGUUGGGGAACCAUCACUAAUGGGCGGUGAGUUUGGUGACGAGGAUGAACGAUUGAUCACCAGGCUUGAAAAUACGCAAUACGACGCUGCCAACAAUCUCGAGCACGACGGCCACAAUGCCUUUGGCAGUGGUGGGGGCGGCGGUGGCGGAGGCGGCGGAGGCCACAACGAUGGUGGUCCAAUGAGCGGUGGCCCGACGUCGUGGCAGGUCGAUCGAGGAGGUGGCGGCGGUGCAGUCAACAAUUCCGGUUCUGGCGGCCAGGAUGGAGGAAAAAAGAGCCCGUCGGUGUCUCAGUGACAAAUGUAAAAUCCAAUGCACCCUGCUCUAUAUGUAUCCGCACCGUACGGAUAAGAGGCAUUCGAAAAGGUGCAUUGGCACAUUAUUUGCAGAAAAUCAUCGCUAUUGUAACAGUAAGUAAUAAUAUGUACCGAGUUCGCUUACACAUCAUCCGCUGGGGCUAAAAACUUGGUACAGCAAGAGGGAACGAAAGUAUGUGCACAUGUCCGCAGCAGAGACAAAUCCUGAAAACAAGGAACGAGAGAGGAGCAUACGGGCAAACUGGGGUGGUUCACUGGUUGUAUGCAAGAAGAAAGUGAGGACAGAAAUAAGGUUUGCGACCGAAUUCCUUUUUCACUCCAAAUUUUGUACACCGCGCUCUGCAUCACUGUCAUUUCUCGCUAAACAAUGGUACAUACUAUCUGCAGGCAACAUGUUUCGUGCAGCAUUACACUCAUUACGAUGGCCUCUGAGCAUCGCCGCCAGCCGACGCUUACGGUGUGCAAUAGAAUUGGUUUUGGCUCUCAUCCCAAGAGCGAAAACAGGAAUGUUAGGCUCCACAGUGUUCGGGAAAGCUUUUCCUUUAUUUGGUUGAGGAUAGUUCUGUCGUGUUACCAAACUUAUUCUUUUAGAUAUGUUUUCUAUGACCUCCCCCCCCCCCACCCCUCCCCCCUUCCCCCGUAAAAUCGACAACCUCUAUGGAACAGUUAGUAUAUGCGACUACGUCCGUAUAUUAUCGUGUUUUAUCGAUGCAUGAAAGUGGUGGUGGUGGUGGUGGUGGUGGUAAGCAGUGGAAUGAAAAUCAGGAAUUGCCGUCUUAAUUGUUUUAAAAUAGUAUAUUAUAAAUUUCACAACAAAAACCGACACAUAUUAAGAAUAAGGAUAAUAAACGUUACUGUAACAGAUGAUGAAUGGGUGUGCUGAACGGAAUGAAAUGUUUACCAGCGUGUACAUGUGCAGCUAUUUACACUCCGACAAAACACACCUGUGGCACAGAUUAAUCUUUCUGUUAGGGGAAAGAGAAAGCGCGCGGUUCAGAAUGCUGGAGGUAUGUAGAGGGCUAAUUUUCUUAUAGUAUAUACAUUAACUAUAAAUAUGCAUAAAUCGAUAGACAAUGGCAUACGGGAGGGGCGGGGGGGAUAGGAGGGGGGGGGGGGGGUGAAGUCUGUUUGUGCACGACGCUGCCGCCUAUCUACCUACAUUACUAACACUCGAACACCGUGUUGCAAUGUGUGCGAGAGAACAUAUGGAUAGUUAUGGUCUUUGUUUUCGCCAUUUAUUUUCUUCAUUUAAGAAAUUGUGUUGUGCAUCCUUCGCGCAAUUGAAUUGGCACAUACCCUGAGGAGUGCAGGGAAUGCAGGAAGCUAAUGAUUAACGGUAACGUAUAUUAUUUGCACAUUCACUUCAAGUGGAGGUUUUCUUUCAUUUGCUGAUAUUGUUGCGGCUUUUGAUCGUGCCCGCUGAAUCUGUGGCAAACAAAAACGGUAGCACAGUUAUUGUUGGUUCUAUGGUGGCGAACUUGAUGUUCGCCAGUAACUGUUCUGUGAACACCGACAGCACCGAUUUGAAUAUCGUUGUAAAAGUUCAAUCUAGCACUGCACACAAGCUAUCCAGACCGAAUAAAUCGAAUUCCGGCGCCUAACAUCUUAGUUUGGGGAAGAAAAACAAAAAAACAUUGGCGAACAUCCAUGGACCUGCAUAAAUUGUGCAUCUCAUUAGAAAGGAAACGCGUUCCGAUACACGAAUAUGUAGAUUGUAAAUAGUUUUUUAACACAUCAAAGAGUAAAGCAAACACUGAAUUAGAGCGUUCGAAAGGAAGCGAUGAAAUAAUAGUGUGCAGGAAUGAAAUGAUCAGUAAUUUAUUUGUAUACACUCUAGAAUACCCGAAACCAUCGCUCACACCAGCAGCAGUAUGUACGUUGAGAAUAAAACCAAGUGUAUAUAAAUAUAUGCAAAUAUGGAUUGGGUACUUCAGGAGAUAACGCCAUAGAAAGCAAUAGAAAGCAACAACAACCCUGUGCUGUACAUCCUAAGGAGUGGUUCUGGGUUGAGUUACAAUUUCAAGCGAAACGUGCACAUACCAAUCAUAGGGUGGAAUUUUAAUGGAAGAGCCAAUUCGACGUGUGUCGCUUUGUCAUGCUCUGUGUUUUUUGCUCCUUUUUCCUGGAUUGAUCAAGCUACACGAUGAGCAAUCACGUUUGGAAAUGUGCGAAUAACGACAGUGAGGAAUGUUGCGAUUUCAAUAAAUCAACAUCCUUUAUCAAUCGCGCGUCCUAACGAACUUUAUGUUUGAGAAUGCCACAGUAGCCUAAUAAGCCGGGCGGUAAUAAGCUGCGCCUUCCUUCCCUUCGAUAUCCGGCGUGGGAGCGUCAAAUGGAGGAUCAUGCUCCUCAAACUCCAAUGCACGAGCGGCAAAUGCAGGUGCGACGAAACAGCAGUAAUGCAAACUUGGUACGUGGUGUGGAUAAAUGAAAAGGAAGCGACAACAACAACAAAAAAUCUACCAUUUGUUCCCCUUACGCUGUGCGUUUCACUAAAGAUAAGCACAUUGUGCAGUAUCCAAUCAAGAAGCAUGAAUGCAUCUGAACUUGAGUUGGAUAAAAUGUGGGUCCUCCUCUUUUUGAAGGUGGUGCGGUUUCGUGACGUUUUUGGUUAGAACAGUUAGAAACAAGAAUCAAGGACAGGGGUACGAAAGGGGGAGGGGAUACUAGAAUGGAAUGGCUUAUGGCUUUGCAUUUGCAGGAGGCAGGAUACGCGACAUAAUAAAAACAGUUAAACAGGCGAGAAGAAAGAUCACGAUCAACACACGAUGGUUUGGAGCGAUGAUCUACGUACACACAUACGCAUUACAAUGCACACAGUCGCAAAUCCCCUUGUCUAAUAGCAUUCGAUUCACCAUCAGCGUCUAAUGUAUAAAGUUUAAAAAACCUGUCACUGGACGGACGACGGUGGUGUCGGUGGAACAUCUCCUAGAAAACCAUUGAAAUUAUGAAUAAGCGGCUAAGGUGGGGAAAGCAUAUUCCCCCCUUCACUCCCCCUCCCCCCCCCCCCCCCCGCCCGACAUGAGCAAGGGUCAAAUCUGGACCGACCAUCCCGUGCAGCAGCAAAAGGCCAGCAAGCCAACAAAUAGAGGGGACAUACGAGACAGUAAAGGUGGCCGCCGCCACCACACCAAGAGCUAAGAAAUGGAAGGUACGAGCAAAUAUUCACUAAGUGAAUCACUCGGGAGUCCCCCAGCAAGCGUAAAAAAAAGGAAUGCGCCAGUGUUUAGCAAAACCAAUCUUUUGAUAUAACAUCUGUAAAAAGUAUCUAUUUCAUUUAUACCGUGUUGUACAAGCGCAGCUCUAGGACUACCACAGCGUGUGGUGUUUCAGUGGAAAGUACGGACGGACAACCAAUGGAAAAAAAAUAGGCUUGCACGAAGGUAAAACAUAGAAUAAUAGUAUCAUAUACUUUAAGGUAACCUGAGGCGUAUCUCGUACAUAACUGCAGCAUAUAAAACGAAAGAUUCAGAGUUCAGUAAAAACCGGACGAAGCGAAGCGAUUAUAAGUAGCAUUACAAAAGGAAUUUGGUGAACGAGCAUGGACGGCUGAUGACGUGUGCGUGUGCGUGUGCGUGUGUGGUAAUGGCGCUGGUGCUUGGUAUGAUUGUGCUCUAGGUUGAAUGUGCGUUCCUGUGUAUAUUGAAAACGGACAUUAACAAUCCUGCGGAAAACAAGGACAUUUACAGCAAAAGUCAGCCGACUUUGCACGUCGAGUUUUCGCGCUUGCUUGAGUAUGUGUGUGUGUGUAUGAGAGAGAGAGAAAGAGCGAGAGAGAGCAAAAGAGCGAGAAAGUAAGAAAGUAAGAAAGAAAGAGAGCGAAAGAGAGAGAGAGAAAGUGAGAGAAUGGCUUGGAAAAGCCUAUGUAUGAAAGGAACAGGAUAGAAAAAUUUAAGAAAAUCCGAAAAA